AUGGCUGAAGGCUGCCCACGAAUCCGUCUGCUUCCUGAUCAUGUUUGGAAAAAGGUCGCAUCAUCUCGCGAACUCACGUCUCCAGAGCAUGUCAUCGAGGGUCUGCUCAGAAAUGCUUUGGACGCCAAUGCCUCGUCAAUUGUCAUCGAGGUGGAAUUCUCAAAAGGCUAUAUUUCAGUUUGCGAUAAUGGAAAUGGGAUCAAGGAGGUGGAAUUUUCUGAGCAGGGCCAGUUAGCCAGACUCCAUUGUUCUUCGAAAUCAUAUUAUUCGGAUCCUACCUAUGGUCACUAUGGCCGCUUCUUGUCAAACCUAUCGCAUCUGUCUUUGUUGUCCAUAGCCUCCGAGCAUCAGUCGGAAGAUUUCGCAAAUCGAUUGAUCCUGCACCGCGGUGAUGUCGUCUCUCGCCAGCUGCGGCUCGGCAGAGAAGACUUGGGUAUCGUGCGGAAAGGAACAAUUGUCACUGUCCAUAAUUUGUUUGGGGACGUGCCAGUCCGCUUCAAACACCUGUCACAGCUUUAUUCUUCCUCGGCCGAGACUGAAAGGGGUUUCAACCAGGUAAAGGAAAUGCUUGUUGGAUAUCUGCUUGCACAGUCUGCUGCGGUCGAAGUGCGAUUCCGCGUGAAAGGCCAAAGACAGCACAGCUUCCAUUGCCGCUCCUCUAUCUUGAACAGAGGGCGAUUCUCGUUGGAGUCGACUGUAUCAACACUGUUUCAGGCUAAGCUGGUGGCCUCUCUCGACACCACGAAUUGGCACUCAGUAUCUGUUCGCACGAGCCACUUCCUCAUUCGUGCAGCUAUCUCUAGUGAACCGUCCCCAAACAAGAGAACUCAGUUCAUUUCUAUCGGAAAGUCGCCAAUUCGAAGAGGGCAAGGAAUCGAUUGUUUGUUUGACGCUGUUGACCGGCUUUGCGAGGAGUCGAGGUUCGGGUCUCUAGAUCUAGCCCGCAAUGUGUCGAGCGACACAACCAAAGACCGAGAAUCUGGGGACUGCACUAGUCAUCCCAUCAAGCUGCAAAAUGCCGUGGAUAAAUGGCCUACGUUCCACAUUCAAAUUGAGCCACGAUCCAGGGAAUUAUCGCAUAAACUCGGGUUGGAGUAUUCUUUGGCAGACAUCUUCCCCGUCACUGAUCAUUUGACAAGGGCGGUAGAGUCACUGGUCUCCAAUUUCCUAUUUGCGUACGAAUGUACAGCCACUCCAGAACGCAACGGAGCGAGGAGUGGACGCGGUCAAAGGAAACGCGAAGAUGAAUCUUGCCGACAACUUGUCAGGGAAUCCACUGCUAAACUUUCGAAACUUCCAGCAACCGAAGCCCGGUAUCUGAACCACUGGCGUCGGGUCAAGAGUGCUCGACUCCCAGAAGAGAAUUUCCGCUACGGCCUGAGCUUGAGAAAUCCAGACGAUCUCUCUUGUCUACCCAUGCGAGCGUCCGAGGGACAUCCCCCGAUUGGCAUCCCGCGCUUGGAAGUGCCGGACCCCAGAAAUAUGGCUCGUGAGAACCAAGUUGUUUGCGAUGACGAUGAUAAAACCGUCGUUGGCCUCCCUUGGAUCAAUCCACGCAAUGCUCAAGUCAUUUACCUCCACCCUCGCACAGGAGCGGCCAUACCUCUGGAUAGUCUAGACCAUGUGCGUUCAGAUCGAAGUCGUGCGCAUUCGACGCCAAUACAGCAGGGCCAAGGUUCUAAAAAUUCCAGGGACAACGAUGGCCAAAAGCCUUGGGCAAAACCUAUACUCAACUUGCAGCAAUAUCUGCAGAAGAGCUCUCAUCACCAAGUUGACGCACCGAUCACGUGCAUUACAUCCGAGCAAAGUCCUGGUCUAUCUGGAAAAUGUCACAGUGCUGGAGGGCAUGGUAACGCUAUCUGGGACUCACAGUUCGUUAGCAAAGGUGCCCUAUCGGGGGCCACUAUUAUCCAGCAGGUUGACCGAAAGUUCAUCCUCGCCGUUCUUGCUGCUCAAGAUACACGCGAUCCGUACUCAUCAGAGAGUAUAGAGCGGAGACUUCUUGUUCUUAUCGACCAACAUGCAGCUGACGAAAGAAUUAAAUUUGAAAGGUUGUGUGACGACUUCUGCAAGCGCACUUCAACAAAUCUCGCCAAACCAUUGGUCUUUGAGUUUGACGAAACUGAGGCCAGGCUUUUGGAAGAGCACAGGGAAUAUUUUCGGGAAUGGUCUGUCAGCUAUAACAUUGUCGAAAAUACCCAAGCAGCACAAUUGUCGACAUGUUCUCGCAGCCAUGGGACCUGGACAGUGGAGGUGACGGUACUGCCAGCCCUCAUUAUCGAACGUUGUCGUGCCGAUCCGAAGCUUUUGGCUGACAUCAUGAGAGGCGAAAUAUGGUUAGGCUGUGGGCGGCGGCGUCGCACUCCGCGCCCCUAUCCUCCACAAUCCGAUGAGCCUUCCUGGUGGUCCGACAUGGUGGACUGCCCGAAAGGCAUGAUUGAGUUGCUCAAGUCUCGAUCCUGCCGCUCCGCGAUCAUGUUCAACGAUUAUCUCGAUACGAGGCAAUGCCACGAACUUGUCCGAAACCUGUCUCAGUGCACCUUACCAUUCCAAUGUGCUCACGGACGACCCACGUUAACAGUGCUGGCAGACCUGAAUGGUGGGGAUUUUUAUGGCCUCGGCAUGGGUGCAAAUGUCGAUCCCAGCAACGCCGCGCUUGGAUUUGGCGACGCCUGGAGAGGUUGGUCCAAGUAG